CAAAUCACGUUGCACUGUUAAAAGGAGACACAUAGAAUCACAUGAAGAAGCAGAAAAAGAAAUAGAGAGAAUGUGCGAUUACUCGGACACUGAACCUUAUGCAGAUACAGAAAAUGAAGACCCAGGUCCAGCUAAACAAAAAAGAAGGCUUCACAAGCUUCAGCCCACAACAUUUCAUAACAGAAACUUCGAUAAUUUGGCUCUAGAGUGUUUAGAGGAUUAUGAGAAACAAAGUUCGCGUAUUAAAAGUCCGGCAUCGGUAAUGAAAACAGUUACCCAAAAUCCAACGCUUACACCAUCAAAUGCCACAAUAUCAACCGGCCAGCCGAAUGUAUCGGAGUUUCCGUAUCCUAUCACUCCAGAAAGAGGCGAAAAUUCAACAGCUCAACCUGCUACCCAGCAGUCGCCGUUUCCGAAUACUAUAGAAAUAGGUUUCUUAUCACCUAGAGACGAAGUACUCAACAAAUCUCAAGAAGUGGUGAUGAAUGAUGAAACUUAUAAUUAUCUACUGCAUACCACGCCACAUCAAGAACAAUUAGGAACAACCACAGAUAAAAUAAACGAAACUUUGACACAAAUAUUAGAAAACCAGAAAUUAAUUCUACAAAACCAACAACUGUUAAGCGAAAACCAAAACCACAUUCUUCUUAAAACGGUAGAGCUUAGUACGCAAUUCGACGAGUUAAUUAAAAAGUGUGUCACGUCUGAAACGAAGGAAGUAAAUUUCAAAUUAAUCACUAGCGCAGAAGAGGCUGAGACACUAGAAAUGAAACUAAAGGAUGCUACUUAUAAAGCAGAACUAGUAAAAAAGUUUUCUGUGGUGUGUGGUAGAGAGAAAGGAAAAGGAGCUGACAAUGCAUACAUAUUUGUUGACUUAAUAUUUUGUAGGGAGUUUAUGAAUCAGUGUUCUUGGACUGGAGGCUCUAAAACAGAAGAACCAAAGAUAUGUUUUCGAGCUUACAUACGCAUAUUCGAUUUCUUUUUCGAUUUAGUCAGAAUGUCUGACAAGCACUUUACAAAAAAGGAAUGUACGAUGUUUUUUAAAAGUGUCCUGCGGAACUCUGUCUCCCGGAGUAAUUGCAAGCAAAUUCGAGCCUCUACUAGUAGAAAUAGGCCUAAAGGCACCAAACAAAAAAUUCAAGCGUUGUCAGAUCUACCUAAACAAACAAAAGUAAAUGCAGCAAACAUAUCCGACCAAGAUCCGCAUAAAAUUACCCAAGACAAUAAUUCCAGUGAUGAUAGUGAUUUGUUAUAAAAAAAUUAAGUUCAUUUA